AUGUCACCCUCGCAGUAUUCGGCAGCAAAAGCUCUGAACGUGAAGAAACGGAUCGUAAGAGGAAACUUUAGUCAGAAAAAGCGCAAGAUAUGGACAGUGGUUCAAUUUAGACGACCUAAGACUUUAAUUUUGCCCAGAAAUCCGAAAUAUCCUCGACGGAGUGUUCCGCGACGAAAUAAACUGGAUCAUUAUGCGAUCAUCAAAAAUCCGAUAACCACGGAGUCUGCAAUGAAGAAGAUAGAAGACAACAAUACCUUAGUAUUUUUGGUCCACCUGAAAGCCACUAAGCCGCAGAUUAAGGCUGCCGUCAAGAAGCUGUACAGCAUCGACGUGGCUAAGGUGAACACGUUGAUCAGGCCUGACGGACAGAAGAAAGCGUACGUACGAUUAGCACCAGAUUACGAUGCUUUGGAUGUUGCCAACAAGAUCGGUAUAAUUUGA